UUAUGUCACGUGACUAGUAUUUGUUACCAAGAUGGCAGCUAAUUUCAUUUCUUAAAUGUUUUUGAAUUUAUUUCUACAACAAAACAGACAUAAUUUGGCUGACAAUUCAGUUUGACUGGAUAUCUUAGCUGUACUUUAUUCAUAGUAUUCCAUCCGUAAUUCAUAUGUGUCCUCUCUAAUUUUCAUCUAUCAGUCAGUUUCACUCCAUAUUUUUAUCAGACGGAAAUAUCUUUCUUGAUACAUUUUAUUUAUCAGAAAUAUAAGGUCCUUCUCUCUUUCUCUCUAUUAUAUAUACACACAGUUUUUAUGUCACUCUGGGUAAGUUAACUUCGGUCCUGAUUCACGUCAAGUAUCAUUCCAUUUCACGUCAGCAUAAUGGAUGAUCACGAUAAAAGGGUAGAAAGGCAUGGCAACUCUUCUGACAAAGAGGAUCUGGGUUUCGAUCGCAAGAAAGACAAAACGACUGCUGCGGUUUCCAAGUCUCCGAAACUAGAGCGAUCGAAGUCGAAAGAUCACGAAAGACGGCAUCAUAGCAAAGAAAAAUCCAAACAUCGAUCACGAAGUAGAGACAGGCAGGACAGUCGCAAUCGUGAAAGGCGUCGAAACAGAAGUCGCAGCAAGGAACGACAUCGCAGCCGAAGCAGGGAACGGCCGAAGGCAAAGCGGCACAAAGAGCAGAUCCACAAGAGUAAAGAUAAAAUCAAAGACGAGAAGAAAAGCAAAUCUGCACCUGCAAAAGUGCCUUUAUCUUUGGAGGAGUUAUUGGCAAAGAAGAAAGCUGAAGAGGAAGCUUUGAGCAAACCAAAAUUCCUAACGAAGGAAGCAAGAGCAGCAGAAGCAUUGAGGAAGCGAGCAGAAGCUGUUAAGCAGCAAAAGGCCAACAUUCAAGAAGAGAAGAAAAAACAGAUAGAAUUCUUGAGGCAUGCUCGAGGUGAUUCAGGUCACAAAAAGUCAUUUGGGAAACUACCUGCAGCAUUUAGCCGUGUAUUUUCAGAAAAAGACCUCGAUAAUGGCCGUGAAAAAUAUGACAAGGACAACAAACGGCGAGAACGCAAGGACAAAGAAGAAGAAGACCGCAAUAAAUUGCUGGACAUGAAAGACAAAGAGAAAGAAGUGGAGGCUAUUAAGGAGCGAUACCUUGGAAUUAUUAAGAAACGGCGCCGAGUUCGACGUCUCAAUGACAGAAAGUUUGUGUUUGACUGGGACGCUGGAGAUGACACGUCCCAGGAUUACAACCCCAUCUACAAGGACAGGCAUGCAGUGCAGUUCUUUGGCAGAGGCCAUGUAGCCGGAAUUGAUCUCAAGGCUCAGAAGAAGGACCAGUCCAAGUUUUAUGGGGAUCUCCUGGAAAGGAGGCGUACAGAAGCUGAGAAAGAACAAGAAAGGAAACGUUUGAAGAAUGUAGCAAAGAAAGAGGCAAAACAGAAGUGGGAUGACCGACAUUGGUCAGAGAAGGACUCGCAGCAGAUGCAGGAACGUGAUUGGCGUAUAUUCAAGGAAGAUUACAACAUCACUUGUAAAGGUGGUCGGAUCCCACAUCCAAUUCGAUUCUGGCAAGAAUCAAUAUUGGCCAAAGAAAUCCUGGAUAUCAUUGAAAGUGUUGGCUACAAAGAACCGACCCCCAUUCAAAGACAAGCCAUCCCUAUUGGUCUACAAAACAGAGACAUUAUUGGUGUGGCUGAGACAGGUUCUGGCAAAACAGCAGCUUUCCUUAUCCCUUUACUUGUUUGGAUUCAGUCUUUGCCAAAAAUUGAACGAAUGGAAGAUGCCGACCAGGGACCAUAUGCCAUUAUCUUAGCUCCAACCAGAGAAUUGGCACAACAGAUUGAAGAAGAGACUAUCAAGUUUGGAACUGCCUUAGGAAUUCGUACAGUUGCUGUCAUUGGAGGUAUAUCUCGAGAGGAGCAAGGUUUCAAAUUACGACAAGGCUGUGAAGUGGUUAUUGCCACACCUGGUCGUCUGAUUGAUGUCCUGGAGAACAGGUACCUUGUAUUGAACCAGUGUACGUAUGUGGUGAUGGACGAAGCUGACAGAAUGAUUGACAUGGGCUUUGAGCCAGAAGUGCAGAAGAUUCUGGAGUUUUUACCGGUCAGUAACCAGAAACCAGACACCGAGGAGGCAGAAGAUGAUACCAAGAUGUUACAGAACUUCAACUCUAAGAAGAAAUAUCGCCAGACUGUCAUGUUCACAGCCACCAUGCCCCCUGCUGUAGAACGACUGGCAAGGACCUAUCUUCGGCGGCCAGCUGUUGUGUACAUUGGGUCUGCUGGCAAACCAACAGAGCGCGUGGAACAAAUCACCUAUAUGGUGUCUGAAAAUGAGAAACGUAAGAAGCUUCUGAGUAUCCUAGAGGCUGGCAUCGAACCCCCAAUAAUCAUCUUUGUUAACCAAAAGAAGGGAGCAGACGUUCUAGCCAAAUCCCUUGAGAAAAUGAAUUACAAUGCUACAACACUUCAUGGUGGAAAAGGUCAAGAACAGAGAGAGUUUGCCCUGGCCAGUUUGAAAGGUGGUGCCAAAGAUAUUCUGGUUGCUACUGAUGUUGCCGGGCGUGGUAUUGAUAUCAAAGAUGUAUCGUUGGUUAUUAAUUAUGACAUGGCGAAAAAUAUUGAAGACUAUACUCAUCGUAUUGGCCGAACGGGUCGAGCAGGCAAGACCGGUGUUGCAAUUUCAUUCCUGACCAAAGAUGACAGUAAUGUCUUCUAUGAUCUGAAACAAGUAAUAGUGAGCAGCCCAGUAUCAACGUGUUCUCCAGAACUGGCUAACCACCCUGAAUCACAACACAAGCCAGGCAGCAUGUUACACAAAAAGAGGAAAGACGAGACUGUCUAUGUCAACUAAAAUGUUUGUGUGUGUGUGUGUGUGUGUGUGUGUGUGUGUAUGUGUGUACAUGAAUGUUGUGUGUUUAUGAGUCUAUCAACUGAACUCUGUGUGAUGCUCUGGAUAUGUGUGUACGUCUAUGGGCCCAUGUAUAUGUUUCCACUAGCGCAACCGUAUGUGUGUGUGUUGUUAUGUGUAUAUAUAUAUAUAUAUUUAUGCAAAAAUAAUAUAUAUAUAAUAUAUAUAUAUAUAUAUAUAUAUAUAUAUAUAUUAUAUAUAUAUAUAUUUAUGCAAAAAUAAUAUAUAUAUAUAUAAUAUAUAUAUAUAUAUUCAUAUUCAUAUACAUAUGUACAUACAUAUUUGAAAUAAACACACACACACACUGACAUACAUGUCAAUGGUUAAAUCAGUGAAAAUAUAUGAAGGUGUUGAUAACAUAUCUAUGAGUGUUGCCUAAGUGUGUGCGUGUGUGGUGUGUGUUUUCAUAAUACAGGAAUCUGUUCAUCUAUC